AGGAUUCAGUUUCAUCCAGGAUCCAGCUGUGACUCUUGAGUGUACAUCACAUGUUUGUGCAGCGGGAAAUGGCCAAGUCUAUCACUACGUGCUAGAGUGACUUGGCAACGCUACUUUCAGGCAGUUCCAUGUUUGGCUUUCUAGUAGCCCUCUACUCUUUCAGCCUCAGUGGUAGUCUUGUAGUACUGUCCUGGCACAGGAGCUGUGCUUGAGCUGCUUGUGAUCAACACAUGAGUGAAAAGCAAGCUGACUACCCCAAAUAUAAGACAGGACAUGGCAUCUCUGGAUAUCACGUGGUCUGAAUUUUCCAUUGUUCUGUGAAGCUUGGAUGCCAUGCUAAGCAUCUAAAUCUGUCCUGUCCCUCUUAGUCGGGUAGUCUCAAUGUAUCCUUAAUUACCUGAGUUUUCAAUGCAUCUGUAGAAAAGCUGAAGACACAAUAAAUAUUAAUUAGAUUCCUAACUGAAGUAGCUUUUCUAAAUGUCUCCAACUCUUUGUGGGAAUUUUCUAGGUGCUGAAUCUUACAUGAGUAAUUCUCCCUGUUUAGGGAGCUAGUAAAGAAUAUCACCCUUUAUGUCUUGAACUGUGAGUGCUUUAUGCAAGUUCUCCCUUGUUUGCUGAGUUUGGCCUGCAAGCAGGAUGGUCUAGGUGACUGAAAAGCCACGCACUAUUUAGUGUGUGGUUGUGGUUAAGCCAGGGUUUCCAAACCUUAGCACUCCAAUAACGUAACUUCCUUUCCUUAUAAUAGGAAGAGGGCAAUGGUUGCUACUUCAGGGUGCUGGUAAUGGUCUUUCCUGUAAGUGGGUUACAGCUGUCCACCUCUCCUAAUUUACAUUACAUUCAAUGUGCUGGCUAAAUUUUGCAGUAUCAAUGUAACAAUGAGCUUCAGAAAAAGAGGAUUUUGAAAAUUUAUUUAUAUAGCAGAUAGAUUUGAAGUAAGCUGCACUUACUCUUUAAUGUUAACUAGGACUAGUCUCCUGUCUCGGAUAAAACAAAUGAUUUACAAACUCUCAAAAUGCGAGACAUUCGUACUGAUGUAAUCCUCAAGAAUUUUGUCCUCAAUCCUGAUAUAGGUAACAUUAAGAUAGUCUAUAGAAAUUGCACAAAGAAAGUUUCUAUUGCAGCUCAAUGAAAAAUUUAUGCAUAUACACGUGCGUACAUAUCUGUGCAUGUGUGUGUGUGUUUUUCCUCACUCCCUUCUAUUUCAGUAUAUUUUCCUACUACUGCCAAAGUUCAACAGUAACAGUUGAAAGUGCCUGCAGAAAUAGGAACAGGUCAUUGACUUUAAAAUGAGGAAAACUAAGACAAUUUGGCAGCGUCUCAGUCUCCGCUUGAAGAGUUCCAUUCCAACUUCCAAGCUUUAAAACAUUAGAAAGAACGUAGAAGUUUAAUUGUUUAAACUGACUCUAAAUCUAUUCAGCUUCAUUUCAUCAAAACCCCAUGCUCGAAAGCCAAAAGCCUGGAGUUGCAGUGAGCAUUUACGCUACAAAAUGAUGGUUAAUUAUAAUCCUGCGGUCUGGUCUGCUGAAGACCAUACUGUGCUGCGUUGAGCAGUGCAACGCAUCUUUAAACUGACUGAAGCCAAGUGAUGGAAUUGCCUCUUGACAGUCAUUUUAGCUUGGCAGAAGUGGCCUUUUGCCUUGUGCAAUAAUUGUCUUUCCUUUGUUUAAAGGGAGGGUUGCGAUCACAAAAGAGAGCGGUUGUGACAAAAUGGUUUUCUGCUAUGCCCAGUUCCCCAUCGACAUACGUUCUGGAAAGAGUCAAGCCUUACGCUAUGGCAGAGUGGGCCAGAAGCACAAAAGCGCAGCUGCCUUCUUGUGGUCCCUCACCAGAGAAUCCAGGCGAACUGAUUUUCUCUUGUAUGGGGAAAGUAGGGGAAAUGAGGUCAGCAUCGUGCUUAGAAGAAUGAGCAGUGCAAGCAGCGCUUGAGCAGGGAGAAGUCAGGGGUGUGUAUAAAUGCAGUAAUGCAUUCUUCUGGAGAUUGGAAAUAGCAAAUGGAAUGAGCUGUGAGUGAUAUUCUUGCCUUGGUAAAUAGGUGAUUGUACUUUCCUGGGGAAUUGAAUAAUGGAUACAAGGGAAAAUACAGAAAAGAGAAACUAAAGUAGGGGAAAAAAGGUGAUUAAAAGGGAAUUUGGAGCGUAUGUGCAGGCUGUCUUUAUAGGAUUUUGUCCAUAAGAACUUUGUAUGCAGUAUAAUUGUUCGUCAUUAAAACGCUGUUAAAAACUUAACUGUGUUCAAAAUUUCACAGUUAAUAGGUGUUCAUUUUCAGUUAUGUACUCUAUUGGGUUUACAUACAGCUUAUCAGAAUUGCUUACUGCCUGUACAUUGCAAUAUGCAAUACUAGACAAAUACUUUGGCUAUUCUUAGAAGUGAGUAUCUGCCAUCAUUUUGUUGUUUCCCUUUAGAUUACUUAUGUCCCUUGCUGGUGAUAAAUGCGGUGUGUGGAACUUAAGUGUAGUGCAGUGUUUUAGCAGGAUUUCAAGCAGUUUAACUUUUUACUAGACGAUCAGAAUUUUCCUGCUGUUCCUGUUUAAUUCUGUUUCAUAUACAAUGUCCAUAAUUGUGGAUCUGAGCAUGUACUAAGUGACAUGGCUAACAUCUGUCAUGUGUGAUUCUCCUUUCUGCUCCCUGGGAGGAAAAUUAUUGAGAGAAAAACGCAAGAGUCUCUAUAUAAACCACCAUCCUCCUGGGCAGUUGAGAAGGAAGUACAGUUCCUGCUCCACUAUUUUCCUGGAUGACAGCACAGUCAGUCAACCAAACCUCAAGUAUACCAUCAAAUGUGUAGCUCUUGCAAUAUAUUACCACAUCAAAAACAGGGACACAGAUGGAAGAAUGCUCUUAGAUAUUUUUGAUGAAAACCUUCAUCCCCUUUCGAAAUCCGAAGUGCCACCAGAUUAUGACAAACAUGACCCGGAGCAGAAACAGAUUUACCGCUUUGUUCGGACGCUGUUCAGUGCUGCUCAACUGACUGCUGAAUGUGCCAUUGUCACCCUGGUGUAUCUUGAAAGACUUUUAACUUACGCAGAGAUAGAUAUUUGUCCAGCAAACUGGAAGCGGAUUGUACUGGGUGCGAUUCUAUUGGCAUCCAAAGUUUGGGACGACCAGGCAGUGUGGAACGUGGAUUACUGCCAGAUCCUGAAAGAUAUCACGGUUGAAGACAUGAAUGAGCUGGAACGCCAGUUUCUUGAGCUGUUGCAGUUCAAUAUUAAUGUUCCCUCCAGUGUUUAUGCCAAGUAUUACUUUGAUUUGCGUUCCCUGGCAGAAGCAAAUAACCUGAGUUUUCCUUUGGAGCCUCUCAGCAGGGACAGGGCAUAUAAACUUGAGGCCAUUUCCCGCUUGUGUGAAGAUAAAUAUAAGGACUUCAGGAAAGUUGCAAAGAAACGGUCAGUCAGUGCUGACAAUCUGACUGUGGUUAGAUGGUCCCCUGCUAUUAUCUCCUAACAGAGGAGACUGGAAUAUUCCUAUGACGUACUGUUUCAUCCAUCCAUUUUUUUCGGGGUGGGCUGGGGGCGGGGGGCUAAAGAAAAAAGACUUUUGAUUUUUUUAUUUUUAAAUCUGUCAAGCUGCCUUUACAGUGCCUCCCCAUUGUGUAGCACACAAGUAAAAUACCUAGCAGAAGGAGAAAUGGAGAAAUCAGUGUUCGGGAGAGAAGAAUGGGCAACAAUUUUUUUUCUCACUUUUGCUAACAGCUUUACCCUGUUCAUGAGGAAACAGCAAAUCAGGUGCUUGGAAGAAGAAACAAUAAAAUGAAGUAGAGGCAGAAAAAUAUUUAAGAAAACUGUGCCAUUUUCUAAAACGCUGUAUUCAUGAAGAGAAAUGGCAGCAUGAAAACAAACCAUGUAGUCAGAUGACUGUGCACUAGAGGAAUGAAGUUGGGAGAGUUCCAUCCUAAAGGUUUCUCUUAAUAUCUAUUUUAUUUUUUGUUGUUUGUUGCAUUCCUCAUUGCUGCUCCCCAGGAUAAAUUCUUCCCCUUGCACAGCAGCAAAUACGAAGUCUGUAUUUACAGUAGCACAAGCCCCUGAAUAAAUAGCGUUGGGUUUUUUCACUGCACUUUUCUCUGUAAGCUGUCUUAUUAGCAUUAUUCUUCAUAAUUAUUAUACAUAUGUUAUAUUUCUUGUAUGCCUUUUAUUGUAUUUCAAAAGAGAGAACUUGACAUUAGUGCUGAACCAAAAGCGUGUACAGGGAUCAGAAGAUCUUCAUAAUUUCAUGAUGUGUUUUAUUUAUAGUAUACUUGGGUGCGUGUGCCUUCCUGAGUUCUUGGAAUCAUUUAUUUUUCCUUAAUAUAAAGAUACAGUUAUUAAAGUAUUCAGAUGAUGAUGAUAAGACUUGGGCCAAAUCUCCAAAAUGUGCAACAGAUCUUGUGAUCCUUUUUGCGGAUUUUCAUAGCAUUAGAAGUUUAGCAGAAUUCAUUUUGAGGGAGAUUUUUUUUUUUAUGGCCUGACUAGUUCAUUCCUUCACCUCCAGGUCCAUUGUUGCAAGCAAUAUUCUCAAUUUUUAUAUGUUUACUUUAAAUCAAAGUGAGUCUGUUUGUAUAAAAUAAAAAAUCAUAAAAAAAAUUGUUCCAGUGAGAAGACCUGUAGAAGAGCAGAAUGGAAAUCUUAACAAGGUAUUUGUCACAAGUAGAUUAGAUUUUAAAGCUAAAAUACAAACCCUCAUGUUUUUCAGCCUAGGUGCUUAUAGAAAUUAAAAGUAAGCAAACUGUGAAUGUAAUUUUCAACUCUGACUAUUAAGCUCUUCUCUUGUUGUUACUAGUUCCCUCUUACUGUGGCCGUUGCCCCCUUGGAGUUUGUAAGAACCUUUUCUAGAAAAUAACUUGUCAGUAUAAGCAUCUUUGCUUUAUAACGCCCCAGGGUGAUUUUUUCCCACCCAUUUUUUUUUUUUUUUGGCACAGUUUAGAAAGACAUAGGCGAAAACUCUUAGUUCCCUAAAAUCUUUUCUUUGCGACUAUCACUGAAGUGAACGGCAACAGACGUCCCUGAUUUAUGCACUACUGUGGUAAACCGUAACGAUUCCGUAUUUGUUUUAUUAAGCCCUAUGGGCUUGUAGCAAACCUAGGGGCCCAGAGAUGCACACUCGACUUCCAGUGCAAUGCUCAUCGGAUGCCUCCGGGCGGAGGGGCACUGGCAGGAUUGAAGUAGGAAUACCAAACAGUUUUCUGUUAACUUUCUAAUGUGAUUUGUGUAGUUUGAGACAUGAAGGUUUUGUCCCUAAAUUCUCCUGAUGUCCUUUGGGCCUUUAAAAGAAUCUAAUUCUCAUCACUUCUUGUUGUGCCAAUGCAUCAGAACUGUGAGUAUCCAAGUCCAUUUUUCCCUUGAACACGGAAUGUAAGGAAAGUGUUCGUAACAAUACAAAUGCGAAUUGCAGCAUUUAAAACCUCUUUACAGAUAGUAUCAAAAGGAACGUUUUCAGACCAUUUGAAAUUCAUCCUUUAUAAGCAUAAAUUUAGGCUUUAAAAUAUGUGAAAUAUUUUGAUUUAUCAACACUUUGCUAAACUAUUUUCCAUUUAACUUGAUAUCAGGAAUAUUGGUUUUAUCCAUUUCUGGGUGAUAGAGAUAUGAACUUUGGAUUAUGUAAAGAUCUCAAUGCAUCUACUAUAAUUUUUGUGAAGUUUAUUAAACUACUUUAAAGAUUGUAUAGUCUAUUUAUUGUAUGUACAUACAGUCUGAUACUUUAAAAAGUGGAUUCCAUAAAACCUGGCUCAGUCUUGUUUAGACUAUUGAAUAUCGUUUUAGCCUUGUGCACUGGACUCUACCUCUGUAUAGGAGAAUUUUCCAUAUUCUUAAUUAGUACUGAUUCUGUGAUUAACUUGGUUAUGUUUCUUGCACUAAGAAUUAAAAAAAAAAAUCUGCUGUAAGUGUGGAUUUUUUUCUUUAAGUUUUGCCAUAUGGAUCCUCUACGUUUAGAUGGAUGUUUCUUUCCCUCAUGGUUAUAGAAUAAUUCUUUGCUUUUUCUUCUAGUUUGUUCCAGGGUUGCCAAAAAUACAAUACCUGUCAGUAAAUCU